AUGAGUCUAGACGAGUUCCGCGAGCCGUUUGACCUCGUUGUGGCCGGCACCGGUGUGGCACAGAGUGUCCUGGCUGGCGCGGCUGCCCGGAUCGGCAAGCGCGUACUCCAUCUCGACGCCAACUCGCACUACGGCGGACCAUGGGCCUCGCUCCCGUUUCCGGAACUCUCCAGGACCAUGUCGACGACCGGAUCGGACCAUGGCGGUGAGGUGGGCCACGGGGAUGAGUCUGGCGAUCGGAGCCAGAUGGCGGAGACCGAGGGCAUGGAUAAGGGAAGCGCGGCGGCGCUUGAGGCUCUGGGCGUGGAUGGCUGCAGCAUGAUGGCGCGGGCUGGGAUCGGCCAUGCGCGGGCGGUGGUGGUCGAUGCAGCCGCGGUGGCCGACUUUGCGCUGCCGCAGAACGCACGAAAGUUCAACGUCGAUCUCGGCAACAAGGUCAUCCCGGCGCGUGGCAGCCUUGUCGCCGACCUCAUCUCGUCGGACGCGCUGCUGUACUCGGACGGCGCGUUCCGGGCCGUGCCGUGCUCCAAGGCCGACAUCUUUGCCGAUCCGUACGUCAAAGCGCUGGAGAAGCGCAAGCUGAUGAAGUUCCUCAAGCCGUAUGCGCCGCAGGAUCUCUCGACCGCAACGAGCGUUGAUGCAGCCGGUCACUCCCCUACCGCCGACGGCGCCAAAGCCGAUGACGGCACGCUCGACGAGGCCCUCGACGCUGCGCGAAUGAGCGGAAAGCUCGCGGCGUUUGUCAAGUAUGCCAUUGCGCUUGUCGAGCGCGACGAACCGCCGCUGAGCAAAGCCGCUGGUGAGGCCGCCAUCCGGCUGUAUCUCCACUCGCUGGGCCGGUACGGCAAGACCGCGUUCCUUGCCCCGAUGUACGGUAUGUCCGAGAUCGGACAGGCGUUCUGUCGGCUGUGCGCCGUCUUUGGCGGCUUCUACGUCCUCUCGUGGCCGCUCACACGCUGGUAUCUGGCGCCUGGGACGGGGUGCGCUGUGGGUGUCGGGACCGAGGCCGGCGUCGUCCUCCGCGCCGCUCACUUUGUCGUCGGGCCCGAGUACCUCCCGAGCGCCAUGGUGGCUCGGACCGAGGCGCGCGUCGCCCGCGCUAUCGUUGUCGCCCGCCGCUCACUAGUCGCGGAUGCCAAGCUGGCUGUGGCCUCGAUCCCGCCACGCGCCGUGGCCGACAACCCUAACCCCGUUUAUGUGGUCCAGGUCGACGACUCGACCGAGUCGUGCCCGCCCGGGUUCUGUGUUGUUCAGAUGAGCAUGGCACUGCCUGCCGAUGGCAGUGCAAACGACGGGCGCGAAGUCAUGGAACACGUUGUCGCGCACUUUUACGACGUCACGCCUGUUGUGGCCGAGGUCGAGGCUGAAACCGAGGCCGAGGCUGAAACCGAGGCCGAGGCUGAAACCGAGGCCGAGGCUGAAACCGAGGCCGAGGCUGAAACCGAGGCCGAGGCUGGCGCAAGCACAGACACAAGCGCCAAGCCCAAGGCCGUGUGGUACUGCACUUUUGCGCAGGUCGAGCGGGUAAUCGACGGUGCAGCCCGGGAUGUGCCAAGCAACAUCACCGUUGUGCCCGACGUCUCGGGUGGGCUUUGCGCUGAGGACGUCAUGGCGCAGGCCCGGUCAAUGUUCGAGUCACUGUUCCCGGGCGAAGAGUAUCUGCCGAAGAUGCCCACGCCCGAAGAGUACGAGUGGGCCGGGGCCGGCGAUGCCAAUGACAAUGCCGACGGCAACGGGGCCGACCCUACCACGGCCGAGCCCAACACGGCCGAGCCCACCACGGCCGAGCCCGCCGCAUCAUAAA